UUACUGAGGCGUGAAAGCUCACGGUGUUCAGCAGCCCUUGUUCCCUUAAAAUCCAUUCCAUUGUUCUGUAGCGGCUUUAGAGGCGAAGCAGCAUCAAAUCGCUUAACAAUAACAGAGGGUAUUUUUCAAAGGAUUCCCUCGCAGCCUCGGUUGUACAAGAGCUCUUUUGACGUCAGGAAUAAUCAUUACUUUCUCAUCCGGGUAUCCACUUUCCUCUUAUGGUAUUUAUUUCAUAAAGAGUCGGGUGUCUGCACAGGUCUGCAUUUUUCACAUGUAUGUUUUUUUUUCUUAUUUAUUAUUAAUAUAUAGAAGAGCAGCUGUGGAUUAUAUGCUUUCUUUUAUUGUGGAUUCUGUCUUUUCAUCUUGAGCAAGCGCUUGUUCAGAAGGAACAUUUCCAGCUCGGAAGGCACCGUUACGGGUGUUACUGAUGAAUAUUUAAUGGAUCCGGAAUGGAGCUAGCAUUGGUAAGUUUUGAAAACGGUGGUGCCACAGCCAUCGGGAGUUCAGGCAGAGCAGGCAUCCUCAACCUGCCCCAAGACUCCUUUGAACAAUCUCCGGUAAACGAGGACCACAACAAAGAGAUCAACACUUGCACUGAUUUAAAUCAGGACGACUGGAAAAUGAACGACAUGAAUGAUACGUGUAGCACGAGCGAGAAUGCUGUUGAUGUUUUGUUAAGGGCUGAUCACAGCCCCCAUCUUUUAGAGGAGGAUACCCUGGAGAUGGAUAUGGACAACGAGAGCAGCGAACGGGUACUGAUCAACAUUGCUGGUCUCCGUUUCGAAACGCAACUGGGCACUCUCAACCAGUUCCCAGAUACUUUACUAGGAGACCCCGAUAAAAGAAUUAAGUUCUUUGAUCCGCUUAGAAACGAGUACUUUUUUGAUCGGAACCGACCCAGUUUCGACGGGAUAUUGUAUUUUUAUCAGUCGGGUGGGAAAAUCAGGAGACCAGUUAAUGUGUCCAUCGACGUGUUUGCGGAUGAAAUCCGCUUUUAUCAGUUGGGAGAGGACGCGAUGGAGAGGUUCAGGGAGGACGAAGGUUUCAUUAAAGAAGAGGAGAAACCUUUGCCUCAGAACGAAUUUCAGAAACAGGUGUGGCUCAUAUUUGAAUAUCCCGAAAGCUCCAGUCCCGCUCGAGGAAUUGCCAUUGUGUCAGUGCUUGUCAUCCUCAUAUCUAUUAUAACCUUCUGCUUGGAAACCUUGCCAGAGUUCAGGGAUGAGCGAGAAUUGCCCCCGUCCAUCAGGAAAACUAAUUCCACACAGGCACCCCAGUCCAAUACGCUUUCUGAUCCCUUCUUUAUUAUUGAGACUACCUGCGUAAUUUGGUUUACUUUUGAGCUGAUAGUAAGAUUUUUUGCCUGCCCUAGUAAAUCUGUGUUUUCCAAAAACAUUAUGAACGUUAUUGACAUUGUGGCAAUUUUCCCUUAUUUUAUUACCCUGGGCACAGAACUGGCAGAGCAACAAGUAAACAACGGACAGCAGGCGAUGUCCCUGGCAAUCUUGAGGGUGAUUCGACUUGUAAGGGUGUUUAGAAUUUUUAAGCUCUCCAGACACUCCAAAGGACUCCAGAUUCUGGGCCAGACGUUAAAGGCUAGCAUGAGAGAACUGGGCCUUUUAAUUUUUUUCUUGUUUAUCGGCGUCAUUCUUUUCUCCAGUGCUGUUUACUUCGCCGAGGCGGAUGAGCCUGAGUCUCAUUUUUCCAGCAUCCCAGAUGCUUUCUGGUGGGCUGUGGUAACCAUGACAACGGUCGGCUACGGAGACAUGAGACCUGUUACUGUCGGGGGAAAGAUUGUGGGCUCGCUUUGUGCGAUUGCCGGUGUCUUGACCAUCGCCCUGCCGGUGCCGGUCAUCGUGUCCAACUUUAAUUACUUUUACCACAGAGAAACAGACCAGGAGGAGCACACUAUGCUAAAGGACGAACCCAGCAGCGGACAAGCUACCCCAUGUAACGAACUCAGAAGGAGUCGGAGCAAAAGUUCACUAAAUAAAUCAACCGAACACUUAGAGGUGAACGAGGGAGUCAAAAACGGACGAUCCGUGGAGAAAGCCAGCUUGAAAGCCAAUAGCAACAUGGACAUUAAACGCUCCCUUUACGCCCUGUGUUUGGACACAAGCAGAGAGACCGACCUAUAGAGCACUUCGCCACAUUAACUACAUAGAUACUUUAGAUGGUGUUUGAUAUUCGAGAUUACUUAUUUAUUUUUCUUUUCAUAGUACCCUUUAUAUCAAACACAUUUAUGGUAAAGAGAGCUGUUGGCGAUUGAAGGUGGGAAACAGGGGCUAACAGAUCAACAGGUUUACAGUCGCGUCGUGUGUGUACGAAUGGACACAGUUAUGUAAUAACUAGGUUUGCAGUUCAUAUAGAAUCAUUGAUCAAUGGGGCUAAACUCUUGAAUAGCCUAUCUGAAGCACACCGAAAAUGGACUUUGCACUUAAAAGCAACACGAGGCAAACUCGUUUUGUGGUAUUCAUUUUGAGGAGCAGUAUUCUAGCAUGUAAAUAACAAACACGUAUAUUUUGUGAACAAAUGUUAAUAUAACGUUUAAGCAUAUAUUUUAAAUAACGAUGUGUAAUUUUUUUAAAGGAACGAAGCCUCUGAUACAAAUUCAUACGCUUUACAGCAGUAGCACAUACGACAUAUGAAACAUCUUUUGUAUUGUCAAUAUUACAUAUUUCACGCAAUUCUGCGCGUUAGUGUGAAUUCUACUUUGUGGUCUGGUGCUGUCCGAUUUAAACUCUGAAAAGAAAAAAAAAUAACAGAAUUCGUUUGGUCUUAUUCUCUUGUUAUAGUUGAGCCUUAACCUUGUUAAGAUGUGCGACCAAUCUCUAAGUGUGAGCGGAUGGUUCUGGUCUUUGUCAAGCACUGUGUACGCUGUAAGUUGCGGAGUCGAGCAUUCAGUAGACGACAGUCGGCUAUACAUAUCAAAUACGAGACGGGCACGCGCACGCACACACACCUAACGUGUUUCCUGGACCUGACGUUUUAUAUUUCUUUCCUUACAACGAUAUUUAUUCAUUUAUUAAGAGAUAAUAUAUGACGAUCGGGGCAGAAGCAGAAACGCGAACUUUUUUAUAUGCGGUAAAUUACUUUUUUACAGUCACAUAAUAACUCUAAAUACGUGUGUUUGAAAACUAUACGGAUUUCCGAGAAGAAGGAGUUGCACUUUUUUUUCUGACAAAAUGUAUCUAUUUUGGCUGGAACCUGUUAUUGUGAACUUCAUCACAAGAAACAAUUUAAAGUUUUGCAAACGCCUUCACCAGGGUGAUGUUUCCAAUGAUAUUUUACAGUGCGUAUUUUUUAAAGGGAAAAGAGUGCUUCAGAGGGCACAAGGAACAGGCAUUUGCCCCUUUCAAGCAGGCGUGCUAAUCACAGGAAAAAAAAACUGCUGACCUGAACGGUGAUCAGGAAAGAAAUGAAAGUGGCUCCGUGGGUAAAGACGCUCGCUCUGAUGCACUUUACUGCCUGCCUCGGAACCUUUACGAGGUUUUGGACUUUACAUCUGGCCCACGGCAUUGAACAGGACGUGCAGAAACAACAAGAAAACGUGAAACGUGCUGAGACACAAUGAAAUCCCCUGUCGCCGCACAGCUGGUAACGGACUAGAGAUAUUGUGCCAGCUGAAAAUGCCAAGAUACACAUUCCACAGUAAAAGACAUAACCUCAUUGUGCUGCGGGAAGAAAUCCUGUUCAUCUGAAUUACGCAUGGGAUGCAGCAAGUCACUAUGAAGAUACUACUGGAACCUGUUUUGGCUAUAAUGUUGAAAGAUAUCAUUUGUUUAAAAAUAUUUGGGAUUUAAGUCUAUGUGGUUAGAGAAUAUGUUUAGGGUUUUCAGUUUUUGAGGUUUAUCUUUUUGUUUUAGAUGAAUAGGUCUAACCACUCAAAAAUGUCCCUCAGGGAAUAUUGAAGAUUUCCACAGCCACACGUAAACUUUGCAAAUCAAGCUCAAACACCAAACUGCAUAACAAACAAGUUAUUUGAAACUUCCCUCCAGAAUAUAUUGAUAUGCUUGCUAAAAUGGUGCCUUUCUUAAUCUACUUUCUAAAAGUACAAAAGACCAAUAUUGUAUCACUGCCAAUGAACAGCUGGGCUUUCAGAGAUUUGUAAGGGAAAUUAGGUGCUUGUGGAAUUGAUAUAUUCUCCAGCUUGACUUCUUUUAAAUGAUUAGCUCUCUUUAGAGGCACAAUUUUGUCACUUUAAAUCAAAAGAAUACAAAGUAUCCUACAGUAUCUUUAAAAGAUACAGUAUCUUUUUUGACAAUCAAUGACUACAAAUCUAAAAACAUUCCUUAAUAAAAAUGACUGCCGUUGCACCUACUUAUGCACUCAACCUGUUUUGAGUGACUUCAUAGCACAUCCAAUGGCAGAUGUCAUUGGUUGAUUGUUAUCAAGUUGGGAAACUAGAAGUCUGGUAGCAUUUAGCCAAUGCAAAAGAACAAAUGAUUCAACUUCAGUUGCACGUUAAUUAUUACUUGAUGCUAGAGGCACAAAACUGGAUUUGGGCACCCUUUUGGAUAAAUCUUUAUAAAAAACAAACUAACAUUAAUUUCUUUGUUCACAUAAACUACACUCAAAAGAUUAUGAAAACUCCUCACUGGCUAUACCUAUAUGUUUGAUUCUUUUAAAGCAGCCUUGCCUUGAUGCUUCAUUUAGAAGGCUUGUGUGUUUUUAGGGUAUAAAUUCACAUUCUCCCCAUGUGAGGUGAGUAGAUGGCUACACAAGAAUGAGACACUGCCAUCUGGGAGGGCUUCCAAAGUCUCUGAAAACGAGAGCUCACAGUGGUU